GAUCGAGCUUUGCCACAUUUCGAGCGUAAAUCUAAGAUACCGGCAGCCAAGGGUUUCGUGGAAAACAGUUUCUAUUCCGGGCUCACACCAACAGAAUUCUUCUUUCAUACAAUGGGAGGAAGGGAGGGGUUGGUUGACACAGCUGUUAAAACAGCUGAGACUGGAUAUAUGCAGCGUAGGCUGGUCAAAUCUCUGGAGGACUUAUGUAUGCAGUACGAUCUUACUGUCAGGAACAGUAGCGGGGAGGUUAUUCAGUUUGAGUAUGGAGGGGAUGGUUUAGAUCCAAUGAUGAUGGAGGGUCGAGAUAAACCAGUAGAUUUAUCGAGAAUCCUGGAUCUGAUAACACACACACACCCGGCCCGACAGGAAGAAAACCUUUCGAAACCGGAAAUUUUGUCUCUCCUAGAGAAAUUGGAGGAAUCAGAAUUAAAAAAGGUUGGAGGAGACUUCAGGGAUGAGAUUAAACAGUUUAUCAGCAGUUUCGCAGACAAGGUUGAGGAAAGAUGGAAGAGGUUGGGAGUUGACCGGCCUUCAGGGAUAGAGAAGCAGGUCAAUAGACUGACCCAUCAGCAGCUCACUGUAUUCAUAGAAAAUCAUGAUACUAUCUCCUUAGGUGAGCCUGGAACCCAGAUGACACUGAAAACGUUCCAUUUUGCUGGAGUAGCCAGUAUGAAUAUCACUCUUGGGGUUCCCAGGAUAAAAGAGAUAAUAAACGCCUCUAAAAAGAUCUCAACGCCCAUUGUUACCGCUCAUCUUGAAGACCCGCUUGAUCCAGAGUUUGCCAGGAGAGUGAAGGGUAGAAUAGAAAAGACCUGUCUAGGAGAAGUAUCAGAAUAUAUUGAAGAAGUUUUACUUCCUGACGAGUGUUUUCUUCUAAUCAGAUUAUCUAUUGAACGGAUUAAGGUUAUCUAUUUAUCUAGAUUUUCUAUUGAUUGGAUUAAGUUUAUCUAUUUAUCUAGAUUAUCUAUUGAACGGAUUAAGUUUAUCUAUUUAUUUAGAUUAUCUAUUGAACGGAUUAAGGUUAAACCAGGCGUGUCUGCCAAGUCUACAAUGUAUUAUCAACUCCAAUAUCUAAAGGAGAAACUACCCAAGGUUGUAAUUAAGGGACUGCCCACUGUAUCCCGAGCUGUAAUACAUCUAGAAGACAGUAAGAGUGGUCCAAACAAAUAUAAACUAUUUGUAGAGGGAGAUAAUCUUAGGGAGGUGAUAGCGACCUACGGAGUAAAGGGAACUAGCACUACUAGUAAUAACACCAUAGAGGUAGCGAAUACCCUUGGUAUCGAGGCAGCCAGGAAAACCAUCAUAUCUGAGAUAACCUACACCAUGGAGUCACACGGAAUGUCCAUUGACAUUAGGCAUGUCAUGUUGUUGGCCGACCUGAUGACCUGCAGGGGGGAGGUCCUGGGUAUCACGAGACAUGGUUUAGCCAAGAUGAAGGAGAGUGUACUAAUGUUGGCAAGCUUUGAGAAGACCUCAGACCAUUUGUUUGAUGCUGCGUACUUCGGUCAAAAGGAUGCUAUCAAGGGAGUAUCAGAGUCUAUUAUCCUGGGGAUUCCUAUGAACGUUGGAACAGGUCUGCUACGGUUACUGUAUCGUCAAAACAAGAAGCCAGCAGAAUCCACCCGUAAUCUAUUAUUUAAUGAUACUUUAUUCUCAAAUCCUGAUUACAGAUUUAUCAGCUAGUAUUUUCAACCCGCUGUAACAUUAUUUUUUUAAAUAAAUUAUUUUCUGUUA